AUUAAAUUCAUAAUAAUCUAAAUUAAAAUUACAACUCAUUCCCUGAGCCUCAGGAAUAUUUGCAGAGGCACGCACUGAUAGCUUUCACGCCAUCAUUAGGUAGAAAGCGGCCUCUAUGAUGCAGCCCCUUUGCGAUAGCCACAGCACAGUCCUGAAUAUGAUCGCUGCACGACCAGACCGUCUCUUUCAGAAAGACUGCGUCGAGAAAGCCAUAUUAAUAAGUACUAACAUUACUAGCCUAGGUUAGGACAAUUGUAACCAACAAUUUAACAAAAUUAUGGAUGUAAUUUCUGAAAAAAAAAAAUUAUGACAUAUACAUCUAAUUUCUUUUUAAAUCAGCUGUAUACGAAACAAUGACAUUGCAUUCGCUGGAAUUUAAAUAGAUUUUAUAGAUAACAAAAAUGUCGGUUAUCUUUGAUAAAAUACUUUAGCUAGGCAAUAUAAUUUAUUGUAUACCAAUUCGUGGUCCAGGCAUGAUCAAUUAGAAUACAUACAUCAUUAACAGUAUCAUCAUCAAAUCGAUAAUACAUAAAAAAGGGUUGAGAACUUUAAGUUCAUUUGAGUGCGGACCACGCAGUCAAUAGCACCAAUACUUGCAUUCAUUAAAAAUAUUUUAAGUAUAUUACAAAUGCAAAAUUUUCUGAAAUAAUAUUACAAUAUUUGAUGAGUUUUCUUAAAUAAUUACUUAAAAAGUUUUAUAACGAUGGAGAAGACAGAAGAAACCCCGCAAGAGCCGGAGAUAGAAAAGUCUCGCGAGGAGUCGUCACAGGCGGUGGACCUGGACCGCAUCCUGAUCGAGGAGUUAGGGCAGUUCGGAUUGUACCAGCUACGAGGGUUGUUGUUGGCUAUAGUGGUGGUAGUGUUCGGCGCGUGGGCCGCCGUCGAGUACAUUUUCACCACCGCCAGAAUUGAAACACGAUGCCUGAUCCCGGUGUGUGAGAACGCCGCGACAGUUGAGUUCUCUCCAUCGUGGCUGGGCAACGCCGUGCCGCUGACAGACAGCGGCAGGUUCGACAACUGCCAGCGGUUCGCCAACACCAGCGCCACCGAUGUCACCGGCACCUGCCCCGCCCUCCUCUUCAACCAGAAUAAUGUCAUCUCUUGCGAAGAAUACGUCUACGCUAAUGCAGAAACUGUUGUGUACGAUUACGACCUGGCAUGCGACGAGUGGCGCCGGUCGCUGAUCGGGUCUGUGCGCACAGUGGGCGUGCUGCUGGCGAUGCCGCUAACGGGCUACGUGUCAGACCGCUGGGGCCGCCGCACGGCCCUCGUGCUCAACGCCGUCAACACCGCCUGGCUCGGCGCCAUACGCUACUUCGCCAACACCUACAUCGGCUUCCUUAUCUCGCAGUUCACUGAAGCCAUGUUUGGUGCCGGUGGCUUUAACUGCACUUACAUCUUAGUUAUGGAGUUGAUGGGUCCUAAGUACCGCGUGGCGGCUGGGGCGACCUUGAACACAUUCUUCGCCGUGGGUCAGGUCACCAUGGGUCUAAUCGCGUGGGGCGUGCCCACGUGGCGGCAGCUCACACUCGCUCUCUACGUGCCGCAGUUCAUCACCAUCUCUUACAUUUGGAUCAUGGCUGAAUCUGUCCGUUGGUAUAUGAGUAAGGGCCGAUACGAGGAGUCGGAAAAAGUAUUGCUCGAGGUGGCUCGAGUGAACAAGAAAACAUUGUCAAUGAAAUCUCUAGAAGCGCUGCGUGAGAGCGCGGAAGAGGAGAAGCGUCGGCAAGAACUGGCAAAAGCGCAAAAGGCGCAGGAGCCCCUACUACUGGUGCAACUGUGGCGCAACAAGCGCGUUCUGCUGCGCUGCUGCGUGUCGCCCGUCUGGUGGAUCACCACCACCUUCAUCUACUACGGCCUCUCCAUCAACUCGGUCAACAUGUCUGGCAACAAAUAUCUCAACUAUGUAGCGGUGUCGGCCGUAGAGAUUCCUGGUUUCUGGACGUCAUUCCUGCUCAUGGGCAUAGUUGGCAGGAAACCAGUUUUGAUAGGUGCGUUUUGGAUUUGCGCUGCUUGCCAAGUUGCGUACAUUUUUAUGCCUAACAACCUGUACGGGGUGUCGCUGACGGUGUAUUUGAUUGGCAAAUAUGCGAUCGCAAUGGUGAUGACAGCAGUGUACGUGUACACGGCCGAGCUGUACCACACCAAGCACCGCAACACGCUCUUCGCCUUCGCCUCCAUGAUGGGCCGUAUCGGCGCCAUCGUCGCGCCUCUCACACCCGCAUUUGGCGCGGCGACAUUCGAGCAAUUGCCGUUCGUGUUGUUCGGCGGGUUCGCGCUGGUGGCUGGUCUCCUGGUACUCCUCACGCCAGAGACGCUCGGAACUAAGUUCCCCGACACCAUCGAGGAAGCCAACGACAUGGGCCGGACCAAGAACACCUCCUGAGAGUGCUGGCAACCUGCGUCCCAGAGGGAAGCUGCGUAGCUUAGAUAUAAGAAAAAACAAAUAUUCCCAAUUGGGCUGGUCAGAGGUACAUCCAUCGCAGGAGUACCCAUUCAUCACCGAGUUGUUUUUUAGAUCAACGUAAUUCCGUGGUCUUGGUAAAAGAAUAACGACUGGUGUUAAAAUAAUAUAUUGGAUUUACACUAAAAGCGUACCAUAAUCUCAUUCUGUAUUUUAUAAUAUAACCUAUAAC